GCUGUUUCACGCGCUUCACUUUGGCACGCGGUCCCGCUUUAAUGACGUAGCGAAAAUGUAUACAAAUCUUUUAGAGGUAUCAGCGGCUGCUUUGGAUUUAGUAGGAAUGGGUCAUUUAGAUUGUGCUGUUCUCCCACACUCGCUACCAACCCUUUUGUUAUUGUUAACCUGUAUAUUCGGACUGUCACUAGGUUCGGAACUGGGUUUUGUGACAUGCGGAUCCGUCCUUAAACUGUUAAAUAUAAAGCACAAUGUGAGACUACACUCGCAUGACGUACGCUACGGCUCCGGUAGCGGGCAGCAGUCUGUAACAGGGGUGACUACAGUGGAAGACAGCAACAGCUACUGGAGUGUCCGUGGGACAAGUGACACCUCGUGCCAUCGUGGCACCCCGGUCAAAUGCGGACAGAAUAUUCGUCUCACCCAUGUCAACACAGGACGUAACCUGCACAGCCACUACUUCUCCUCCCCGCUGUCCUCUAACCAGGAAGUGAGUGCAUUUGGCGACGAAGGGGAAGGGGACCACCUGGACGAGUGGACAGUUCAGUGUGGGGGAUCUGUGUGGAAGCGCGAGGAGGCUGUCCGCUUCCGUCACAAGUCCACUGACGCACUACUGUCAGUGACAGGGGAGCAGUAUGGACGGCCGAUCCACGGCCAGAGGGAAGUUCACGCCAUGUCGAGCCCCAGCCAGCACAGCCUGUGGAAGGCCAUGGAGGGCAUCUUUAUGAAGCCUAGCGAGAACCUGGCAGGCAGCCGAGACUACAGUCACCUACACACAGAGUUCUGAACUCAACGUUUCUUCUUUGUAUCCGUCACUUCCCAUUGUCCUCUCUGUCUACCAUUGUAUUCCCACUUCUGUCUCUAAUUACACUUUUUCCACCAACCUCUCAUUUCCCUUUCCCAUCACCUUUUGACUAUCAUCUUUUGAGGAGACUGUACCAAAGUCUGUCCUGGAUCAGGGUACAAUAACUUGACUUUAUCAAUCCACACCAACCUCUCUCAAUUAUUGUGUUUUAUGAAACACAACUUGAAUCCUCAAAAGUCCAGCAGCUAAACGCAAGAGAGCUUAUCACAUUUGACUAGUAUUAAAGUUUGCCUUAACAGGUACAAAGAGAUAUAAAGGUAUUCCAAAUACUGUUUCACGUUACAACGACAUUUGUAUCACUGUUGAAUGCUUUUUUGUGAGAUCACUGCCAACAGCAGUCACACCACAACACAGAAGGCAGUGCCGGUUUUGCAGAUAAGUAUUAAUUCAUCAAGUAAGUCUUGGGCUUUGUUGGAUUAAAAAAACAUUGUUACACUUGUGCCUUUAUCCUUUUUAAAAUGUAGUAGGAUAGGUAUUUAAGCCUUUUAAACUUUUGGAAAAAUAAUAAUUUAAUUGUGUUUUUAUGGCAUUUGUAAGCCAUAUUAUACUCAAUGGAUAAGCAGUGUUACCUUUUGUAAAUUACUUUUUCCCCUUUAAGUCUCAUUAAGUGUUUAAUAUAAAUGAUUUAACACUAACUGACAUGACAGAAUACGCUGUUUUUCUUUCUUCUGAGGUGUUUUUUUAUAUCUGCAUCAUUGAACUGGCUGCUGUUUGUCAGUUUCUAAGUUCUGGAAGAAAGUACAAUGUUUUACAUCCAUGCUGUUUGCAUACAUACGUGUUAGAGCAACUCUUUGUUCGAGAGGUUCAUGUGAGCAACAAACAUGCAAUGAAUACCUCAUAUUAAAGUGAUCUUUAUGCAUACUA